UUUUAUUAGAUAGACUUAAAACCAACUUAUCAACCCCCCUACACUCUUUGCAACGUCGGAAAAUACCAGUCAAGAUGUCAGUGGUAGCUUCAAUAGUCAAUGCAAUCCUUGCACCAUUCAAAUUAGUGUUCGCAAUAAACCUUUUUAUUCUCUCGAAUGCAGUAUUCAUCCCCCUUUCGUUAAUGGUUAAUAUCAUGAUUUAUACACCAUUGAUCAAAAUACCCAUAAUUAUACCGUUACGGUACUUUCUUGAGUUAGAGGAUGGGAAGUUUGACGACUUGAACUGGAUUGCAGGUCAAAUUGAAUUGUUCUUUUUGACAUUGUUCCAUUUUGUUAUGGUCAGUUUUUAUAUUGGAGUAAUUGUGGGUGUAGUUACUUGGAUGAAUUUAAGCGCGAUUAGGUUCGUGUUGACAUUACCACUAAAAGAAGAUGAGCAGAUGACCCAAAACAAACAACCGUUACCAAUUGAAGAGAGUAACUCCAGACGACAACAAUUAUUUGAUUUGAUUGACCCAGUGAUUGUUCCCGAUGUUAAUUUGAAAAACCGAGUAAGAAAUAAAAUUGAUGCGAGAAGAGGUCUAACUCCAUUGUCGGAAAAUAAUAGUGUUCUGUCAGCGAUUACUCCACAGUAUGAAGAUGAUGACGGGUAUCAUUUUACAACUGGAUUGAGAAAUAGAAAAGCCCCACCAACAACUUCAACUUUCAUUCAACCCGAUAGCAUGACUUUCUUGGAUCACUCGCACGUGGAUGAUUUGGAACAACUGGAAGAACAAGAAAUUAUAGACGAAGAAGUAGCUAAUGCACUAGAAGAAGAAAUGGAGGAUUCUCUUGAACGAGAAUUAACUAACAUUCCCGAAGAAACUGAAGAUGAAGAGUUAUUUACACGGGUUGAAAGUCAUGCAGAGGAAACUGAAGAUACAGGAUUGACUGAGGAGUGAAAUAUGCAUGGAAGGGUAUCUUUGGCAAUAUUUCUUGUUUAAGUUUUUGGUUGGUUCAAUGUAUGUUUGGUUGUAUAGUUUAUAUAAAAAUUAACAUGGGCAAAAAAAAAAA